CAACAAAAAAAAGCAUCCGGGUCAGAGAGGGAUGAUGGCAGCCACCAUGGAGAAAGCAGCCGGCAUGAGUAGUAUGCUGGAAUUUAUGAAACUAAUCGGACAGCUCAAAAGGGUGCCUCGGACCGGCUGGGUGUACAGAAAGGUGAAGAAACCUGAGAGCGUGUCGGACCACAUGUACCGCAUGGCCAUGAUGUCUCUGACCAUCACGGACCCUGCUAUAGACAGAGACAGGUGCAUAAAGAUGGCUCUUGUCCACGACAUGGCAGAGUGCAUUGUGGGAGAUAUCGCUCCAUCUGACAAUGUCAGUAAAGCGGAGAAAUACAGGAGAGAGGAGGAAGCAAUGAAACAUCUGACAAGCCUUCUGCAGGAGGGACUUAAACAGGAGCUUUUUGCACUGUGGGAGGAAUAUGAAUCUCAGAGCAGUCCAGAGGCUCGGCUGGUGAAACAGUUUGACCUCCUGGAGAUGAUCCUGCAGGCUCAUGAGUACGAGGAACUGGAGGGAGAACCUGGGAGACUGCAGGAGUUCUUUGACUCCACCAAAGGUCGGUUCCACCAUCCAGAUGUGCUCCAGCUGCUCAACUCUUUGAAUAUAGAAAGAGGUAGUCGCAUGACUAAUACUGAGCCCACAAAGACAUCUGAGGAAACAAGGACUGAUGUUCACACACAUCCUGACAGCGUGCAAAAAAACCCUCCAGUGGAUGGACAGAGAUCAAAGGAUGAAACAUAAAAUGAUUGUGGAACCACACACUGAGAUACCAUAUGACACUGAGAGGCCACAUGUUUUAAACGGCAGGAUACAACGACCAAAUCCUCUGCUCGUUCCAAGUUAUUAAGAUCUGUAGACGGCAAAAUACACUCUGUUUUGAAUUUUGCGGUUGUGAUGCUUUGUUCAGUUUCGCAACUUUGCAUAUUCAACACAUUGCAGAGUUAAUUUAGGAAACUCUUCCAUAAAACAGCAGCAGACUUUAAUCAUUUCAAAAACAGCAGAGACUGUAAUAAUAGAAGUUGUCAAAUCAAAUAUUUGAUUAAAAUGACCCAGAUAGUGCUUGUAUAGUAUUAUAAUGAACAGAAAUAAUUCCCUGUUACACUCAAAGUAAUAACCAGGAAACAUCUGAAUCCUAUUUCCUGUAGUUUAUUACUGUUACUUAUAAGGUAUUAUAUUAUACUGUAUGAAGUGGCUGUUUAUCGGUUAUGAUGUCAAGCAUGUCAGUUAAAUUAAAUGUUGUUCAUAUCAACAGCUUUAUUGUCCAGUUAGGUUUAGAGGUAUUUUUAUGAGUAUGUGUCAAUACAGCACCAUAAUGGCUUUGAAAUAAAGCAGUCAAGGUCAAAGUGUGAACUUCACACUUAAAUCUGAGUGUCUUUAUUCAUCCGUCCAACCGGUUCUGCAGCAUCUGUCUGAAGGUGAGCGGAGUACGGUCCUGCACAGCUCAGGAUCCAACCUCCCAGUAAACACCAGUGAGGUUGUUAUAUUGGCAGACGUACAUGAACACAUAAUACUCAUUUCCCCCAUAGCUGUAGUUUUCAGUUUUUAUAAAAAACAGUCUUUCCAAAUUUGGUUGAACAAUCUUUAAUAUUCACACAUAAGCCAUAAAAAUGUUUGUUUAAAUAAACGAAUAUGGGUGAACGUGUUCAGCGUUGCAUUGGUUCGGGUUAACAUUGCAGUUGUGUCUUUGCGUGUAGAGAAAUAGAUGAAAUGGAACAUUUUCGGCCAUCUGCAUUUGUGAAAUAAUAAACCUGUGUAUCGUUUCCCAGAGACAGAGCACCUGUAACCUCAGUUAUUAUUUUAUAAACCUAAAUGUUGACAUGGCUUUUUAAUAAACACAUUUUAGACAGCGGUGUAUUUCUCCCUGAUAAGAAACAUGGAAACUUAUACAAGAGUUGGUUUGAUGGUCAUGUGAGGAAAAGGCCACACAGAGCAGACUUUAAAAGUUGAAAAGGAAAACACAAACUGUAUAAUGGAGAUUUUAAUCUUUUCAUCGUUGAACAAAAGUUAUUCCGUGCAGUUUAUGUAGCAUUAAAGAAAAUGAAACAAAAAAAGAGUCAGUA